AUGGCUGGAGAAGAGGAUGAUGCUCUGGGAUUCUUUCCCGUUCAGGAGGAGAAACAGGGCUCACCGAAACAGGAGGAUGAGCAGCAGGACGGGCAAGAUCUCCAAGACUUCCUGCGGCAGCUCAGCCAAAGGCCGGCGACCAGCCGCAGCUUCUCGACGCUGCUUUCGGCGCCACCUGCCCGACUGGAAUGGGACUUCAGCGUCAUGGCCAACCGAAAGCAGAUCUUGAGCCGCAUGGCGGGGAGAGCUCGCCCCGGUGAGGUGUGCUGCAUCCUGGGUGGGUCUGGUGCAGGAAAAUCCACGUUGCUCAACGUCUUGGCCGGAAGGCAGCUGACGAACCGGGUCUUCCGCAUCGAGGGUGAGCUCCGCGUCAAUGGGCGAAACGUGGAACCAUGGCGACUGCGACCUCGCGUGGCGUAUGUCAUGCAAAAGGAUGAGUUCUUUGCGACGGAGACGCCCCGUGAGGCCAUCCUGUUUUCAGCUCGCCUCAGACUUUCUGCAAACCAUCUAGCAGAGCUGGAGGACAAAGGUAUCCACAGCUACAUCUCCCAACUGCUGGAGUCGCUGGGCCUCUCUGGCUGCUGCGAUAGGCGCAUCGGAGGUGCCAGCCUGAAUGGCAUCAGCAACGGCGAGCGGAAGCGGGUUAGUAUUGGAGUCGAACUCAUCACUCGGCCUUCCAUUGUUUUCUUAGACGAGCCGACGACUGGUUUGGACUCCUUCAGUGCGUGGCAGGUUAUGCGAAUCGUCAAGGAUCUUGCCCUGAGCGGUUGCACCGUGAUCUGCACCAUCCACCAGCCGUCCUCGGAGAUCUUUGCUAUGGUGGACAGAGUGAUCUGCCUUUGCCAUCAGCGGGCCAUCUUCCAGGGGCCGGCCGUGGACCUCCCAAAGUGGCUGGAGGAGUCGGGUCGACAUGUGCCUCGCGACUACAACCCAGCAGACUACGUCAUGUUCCUGAUGGAGACUCUGCCUAAACGGGAUGUGGAGCUUCUCUGUGACAAGGGCAAGCUGAGUCGGGAAAGCAGCUUCCGGCCCAGUGCGGAAGGCGGCGCUGCCCCGCACAGGCCGCUCGAUCCAUCAAAGAUGCGCAAGGGCUUCGGCCUUCAGGUAUGGUGCCUGACGCAGCGGGAAUGGCGCAACCUCAGGCGCGACAGCGCGUCGCUGAAGCUGCGGUUCGUUCUCACCGCCUUCCUGUCCAUCCUUUUUUCGCUGGUGUUUUUCAAUGUGGGGGAGCAUCCGGUCUUGGCAACCCUUCGCCGUAAAUCAGGUGGCCUCCUCCAGGUUGCCUUGGCCCACCCUCGGCUGCAGCGCGUCAGGCGCGUCUGCAUGCGGGCCUUCUGCCCAGACGUGCCCAUACUGCGGCAGCAGCUGCAGCGCGAGGUGGAGUACCACUACAAGGCCGUGGUGCAGGUGGGUUUUACAGCAAUGUUCAGUGCCUCGCAGCCCACGAUUCUCAGCUUUCCGCUGGAACGGUCGGUUUUCCUGCGAGAGUACUCCUCGAAUAUGUACGGCACGCUGGCAUACUUCUUGUCCAAGAUGCUUGUUGAGGUCCCCCUGGGAGCAGUCCAGGCUUUCUUGGCGCUGACCCUUUCGCAUCGCUGCAUGAGGUUCCAGGGAGACUUCUGGGAGAUGUGGGCGACGGUCUGCCUCCUCAAUGCGUGCGCCGUGUCCUUCUCGUUGCUCAUCGGCUGUAUCGUGCGCUUUCCCCGGGAGAGUGGUGCGAUUGGACCCCUGGUCUUCGUGCCGCAGCUCCUGAUGUCAGGCACCUUCAUCCCUGUGCAAGCAAUUCCGCACUUCCUGCGAUGGAUGCAGUAUAUCAGCUUCCUUCAGUACGCAGUCAAGCUGCUUGCCAUCGUCGAGUUCCGGAGGACGGACCCAAUGCUUCAGAGGGUCAUCUUCCGGACGAUGGAGGUGGACCCCGAGCUGACGAAGGUGUACAUCGGCACCCUGUUGCUGAUGCCGCGAGCUUUGGAGCGCCUUUCUGGGGUAGUGGCAGCUCUGACACGUCAGACCUGGGGCGUCGGAGGCUGCGCCCCUCUGAGGCUCUCAGGACGCAUGCGCGUCUCGCUCGCGACGCCAGUGAAGGCUGUUGCGCCAGCGGGCGCAAAUCGCUCCGUGUCACGUCCGAUCAAGGGCCCGCUCCUGCGAGUGGCGCGGGAGGUGACACGGGAACGCCUGGGCAGCGAGGAUGGCCACGGCGGCCACAGCUUUGGCCGCGUGCCUCUGGUGCAGGUGGGUCGAAGCACCGUGCUCGACGAGGUCAAGAGCCGGGUCACUGAAUCGACUCCACACCCUGCCUGGGUGGCAGUGCCCAUCACACAGUGCCCGGGUACCGGGAAGAGCCACUCAGUUUGUGCGUACCAGAGCAUCGGAGACAGGAAGACCCAGGAGGACCGAUACACAUUAGUGCCUUGCCUCGACCCGACGCUCGAGGUGCCAAAUUCAUUCUUCGGUGUUUUCGACGGCACCGUCGGCGAUUUCGCCUCCAAUGCUGUGAAGGACCUCGUUGUGCCAAAGUUGCUGGAGUCCCCUAGCUGGAAGGCAUUUCGGCAGGCCCAUGGUGGGCUGAAGCCGGCCGAAGAGGAACGUCUGCUGACAGAAGCCUUCCGGGAUAUGUACAGGUGGGCCGACGAGGCUUUGCUUGCCCAUUGUGCCCGACACACCCAGCACUAUGCGACGUGUACAUCCGUCACGGUGCUGGUUGUCGGAGACCUGCUGGUGGUCGGUCAUCUGGGAGACUCCAGAAUCAUCUUGGCCAAGGAGGAGGAGGAGGGGCGAGCUGGAGAGUUAUUAGGCGAGCAGCUGACCCUGGACCACAAGCCCGACCUGGAUGGCGAGCGCCGCCGGAUUGAGCAAUGUGGCGGCCUGGUGGUGCGGUUGCGGAAUCACGGCAACAAGCCCUUCAUCCGAGGGGGAGACUUCAUGAUGCGAAAGGGACUCGGGGAGCAGCCGAUGCAGCUGCAGUACUCCCGCGCAUUUGGUGCCAAAGAUUUGAAAGUCUUCGGCAUGAGCUGCAUGCCGGAUGUACGGGUGAUUCGCAUGGGGCACUCUCCCUACAAGUCCGUUCGCUCCCUCGUCCUGGCAUCGGAUGGGCUGUGGGACGUGAUCAGCACGCAGGAGGCCGUCCGCAUUUUCCAGGAGGCGGCAGCCAAGAACGAGCACCCAGCAGAAGCUUUGGUGACUUCGGCUUUGCGUGAACAGGUCCGGCUCGGGGGGCGCGCGGACAAUAUCACUGCAGUGACUGUCCAAUUCGAUCCACAUUGA